AACAAACAACGAUGACUACGUCAAUGUGUCAAUGUUUGUUUAUAUUUUGUCGCGUAGGUUAGGUGUGACUGGACGAACACUGACCAACAAUAAAUCCGUUCGUAAUCCCUACAACCUACAAUAAAUCAUUUUAUUAUGUCCGUCCCAGAAGAAUGGCGAACUCAAGCAUUCAGACAGAGUGUAAUUGCUCGUAUUGAUGAUGCUAUUCGUACUUAUGGAAUGAAUACAUCUAGGAACAGUAUCGAAAUGGAGAACCAUGUUUACUUGAAAGCAAAAACACGCGAAGAAUAUCUAGGAUUUGUAGCUAGAUUGAUCUUGCAUGUAAGAGAAAUGAAUAAUAAGAAAACUGGAAUGCAAGCAGGACAACCACAAGCAGGUGGUAUGCCAGAUCCAAUAAAUGCUCUUCAGAAUUUGGCCAGUCAAGGUACAAGAAAUAACCAGAUGCUGAAUAUGGGACCACAACAGAAUCCCAUGGGUGGCCCGCAACAACAAAUGGGUGUAAAUGUAUUUCAAGCUAUAGGAAGGGGGCCUGGUGGAGCCAUACCCAACAUGCAAGCAAACAUGCAAAAUCGUAUGGGAGCCAAUGGGGCACAAAUGGGCAAUCAAAUGAAUAGUCAAAUGGGUGGUAUGAACCAAAUGGGUGGUCAGAUGCCGAAUCAAAUUCCGUCUGGUAACAUGAACCAACUAGGAGGACCUAUGCAAGGAACACUUAGUAAUCAGGGUAGCAUGCCAAAUCAGAUGGGCAAUCAGCAGCCAGGUCAACUGCAAGGACAACUUCAGAUGAAUCCUGGUCUUCAAAAUCCCAUGGGAGGUCCAAUGGGGCCUCAGUUGAUGGGUUUUUCACGCAACCCAACACCAACACAAUUCUUGCAGCAGAGUCCUUCCUCUUCUGUUCAAUCACCAGCAGGUAUGAGUGGGCCUCCAACCACUAAUCAGAUGGUUGCAUCUCCAGCCUUAGCUCCAUCUCCGGGAUCCAAUAUGGGUAUGAUGGGCAAUACUGGGCCUCCUAGGUCAAUAGGUAUGGCUCCAAGUCCAGGAACUUCACUCAAUACCCCUGGGCAGCCUAUACAGAGUCCGAUGGGUCUUCAAGACGAGCAAGCUUACAGAGAAAAGGUUCGUCAACUCAGCAAAUACAUAGACCCCUUGAGGAAAAUGAUAGCGCGCAUAGGAAACGACGGUGAGAAUGUUGAGAAACUGAGCAAGAUGAAGAAAUUACUAGAGAUCCUCUCCAAUCCCCAACAAAGAAUGCCAUUGGAAACUUUGAUAAAGUGUGAAGUUGUACUUGAAAAAAUGGAUAUUAAGAGAAGUGACGGGAAUGCUCCUGGAACUGGAAUAGUGUUCAAGGAAAGUCAUAUAUUUUCACCAUUACUUGAAGCUAUAAGCACAAAUGCUCAGAACCCUAAUUUCAACCACACACUACACAGGACAUUUGGUCCAACACUGGACGCACUUUUUGGACCAGAGCUCAAAUUGGUAUCAGGUUUACCACCACACAAAAUUGAAGAGCCCACAAGUGACAUACCAGAUGCAUUGCAAGGAGAAAUAGCGCGUUUGGACCAAAGAUUUAAGGUUUCCCUUGACCAGAACCAGCAGCCUGGCUCAAAAUCAAUCCAAUUGACUUGUUGGCUAGAUGACAAACAUUUGCCCUGCGUUCCGCCGAUAUCAAUAAUGGUACCGGAAGACUACCCCUUCACAUCUCCUGUUUGCCACACGAAUUCCCAAGAAUACAACGCUACUGCUUUCUUGUCCGCCGUUGAACAGGCCUUAUUAUGGAGGAUUCAGAAAUUGCAGAAAAACUUUUCAGUUAGUCAGUUGUUAGAUACUUGGGAAAUGAGCGUUCGACAAGCUGCUAGUGGAAAUAAUACAAGGGUGGCCGCUGAACUUGUACUGAUGGGUUUGUAAAGGAUUUGGUAUAUUUAUUCAUGCUCUAUAACGUGUUAACUGUUUCAACAGAUGAAAAAGUAAUCAACCCUGUAUAUAGAAUUCUGGUUCUAUUGAGGCUUUGAAAACUUUGACAUUUUUAACUUCUUGGUCUUCUUUUCGUGUUUGUUGCUUACAAUUUUACACUGGUAUUCUUGAAUAAGUCGAUGAUUGUUUCUAGAACUUGUUAUUCAUUUUUCAUACAGCAAUGAUCAUUCAGGAUGAAAAUUAAUCAAAUAUCCCAACUAGAAAUUACUUUUGCAUCUGUAGUUGAUUUGUGAUAGUUUUCAGUUUAUCAACAUAUUCAUUUUAUUGAAAAUAAAAUAUUUAUAGUAAA